AUGAUGAUACCUAACUGCGACCUUGCCUACAAUUGCCGUGGUGAGUGGGUCGGGCGGGGUGAGAGGGCGAGACUGGUGCUCAAUUCAAAAGACGAGUUCGUGCGGACACCACAAAGCAUUAAGAGGGUCUUCCAGAGCCUCCGUGUGGAGAUUGCGAGAGGGAUGUUGGCCUCACAAGCGGCGGCGGCGGCGGAGGAGGAGGAGGAGGAGGAGGAGGAGGAGGAGGAGGAGGCGGAGGAGGAGGAGGAGGAGGGACGAAUGAGGGAAAAAAGGAAGAAUAAGGAGGGGCUGAAGAAAAUAACCAAAAAGCACAACCAGACGACUGUCUCGGGAGGCGUUUACUUCGAGAUGGGUUCAUACGACCAUCGUCUCUAA